AUGUACGAAAUAUCAUUUCAUAUUUACCACUAGCUUUUCGGUGAAGGAAAACAUCAUAUGGAAACCUGCAUAUGGCUGCGAAGAAAUUCAAAGGUGUAUGUGAAGUCCCCAAUCCGCAUUGGCCUAGCGUGGAGACUACAGCCCGAGCCCUCUCGCGCAUGAGAGGAGGCCUGUGCCCAGCAGUGGGACGUAUACAGGCUGAAUUAUUAUAUUAUUUUUAUAGAAGCCGUCAGUUCCUAAAAAUAUGUACACUCAUGAAAAUGGAACCCAUUGCCGUCAUGCAACCAUGUCAAAUUGACACAGUAAAAUUCCUUAACAGUGACAAAGUUCUACUUAGAUAACUCUCGGAUUUAAUUUAUGUGUCUAUCAAAGCCUACUUCAUGAAUAAAAUUACGAAGUAUUUUUUUAUCAAAUUGCGUGUUAUUUUUUUGCGGCGCAGCACAACACUGAACCAAAACAUAUAUAUCAGUUUCAUCUGUAAACUAUGUUGUUACAAUGAUUUUUAUCGAUGACUUACACAACAAUAUGAAUUUAAACGAUAUCUGUCACUUGUGUAAAAACUUUAUAAGCAAGCAGUCUAUUUUACUGACGUUAAGGAAAAAUAAUAUAAAUGGAACGAUACAUGUACAGUGAUGUUGAACACCUAGGAGAAGAACUUGAAUGUUUACUCCAAAUUAACAAGGAGCCGGUUGAAUUCGACCCGAUGUGCGACAAGGAGAACCCUCAAAAGAUUUCCUUUGAAGAUGUCUCAGCGGCUGCCUUUAGGAUACAAAGUGGGAUUAUAAAAACGCCAUGUGUGAAAUCUCACAUGUCCUUAGAAUAUGGAAUGGAAAUUUACCUAAAAAAUGACUUUCUUCAGCAUACAGGAAGCUUUAAAGAGCGGGGCGCUCGCAACGCGUUGGUCCUCCUUCCCUCCGAAGCGAGGCAGCGCGGAGUCAUAUCCGCAUCACUCGGCAACCACUCGCAAGCCCUCAGCUAUCACGCGAACCUCCUCAACAUCCCCGCUACAGUCGUCAUGCCCAACGUUGCGCCCAUUAUGAAGAUCCAGAAAUGUCGCUCGUUCGGAGCUAACGUAGUCAUACAUGGACAUGAUAUGAGAGAAGCGAAGCAUCAAGCUAUGGUGUUGGCUAAGGAGAGGAAUCUCACUUACAUCAAUGGAUACGAUCAUCCCCAUAUCAUGGCUGGACAAGGAACUGUGGGUCUGGAGAUAGUAGAGCAGGUGCCUGACGUCGACGCUGUGUUGGUGCCCGUGGGAGGCGGCGGGCUGCUGGCAGGCACGGCCACCGCCAUCAAACAUCUGAAGCCGCACGUUCUUAUUUACGGCGUGGAAUCUGAAAAGUGCGCGAGUAUGACCGAGGCGAUAAACCACGGACAACCGGAGAGUGUACAUAUCCGCUCAACACUAGCCGACGGUCUCGCCGUGCCCACGGUCGGCUACAACGCUUACCACACUUCCAAGUCGCUGGUCGACAGAGUGAUAUCCCUGCCUGAGGACUGGAUCGCGCGCGCUAUCUUGCUCUUAGUGGAGCAGGAGAAGUUCGUGGUGGAAGGCGGCGGCGCGGUCGGGAUCGCGGCCAUCAUGGCCGGCCUGGUGCCCGAGCUCGCCGGGAAAAAAGUGGUCUGCAUCUUAUCCGGAGGCAACAUCGACACCACAAUCCUAGGCCGGUGCCUGGAGCGAGGCCUGGCAGCGGAGUCCCGCCUGGUUAAGUUUAAGGUCACGGUCAGCGACCGGCCUGGGGGGAUCGCCGAGCUGUGCAAGGUCAUAUCGUCGACUGGUGUCUCUAUUAAGGACAUCAUGCAGGAGAGGGCGUGGGUGUGCGGGGACAUCUUUAGUGUGAGGGUGAAAGUAGUUUGCGAGACUCGAGGCCCCGAGCACACGGAUGAGCUGCGCAGUCUCAUCGCGCGCACCUACCGCGAGUGGGUGUUCACGCGCGAGACUGAAGACCAUUACCAUAUGCCGCUUAAAAACUACGACUCCCUAGACAACGUCUCGCACUAAUUACGAACCUAUAAUAAUAAUAAUAAUAAACCCGCGGGGGCAGCUUGUGGCGAGCUGACGGUGAGUGGCGACACCGCGGACCCCUAUUCCAGAGGGCCCUUUUAUUUGGCCCUCGCCUCUGCGCUUGCCUUCACCGGCCGGCCAGAGUGGAGUCGCAAGAGCGGGACCUAUGCUCCAGGUUGGAAGUGUAAAAUGUCAUAACGCCGGCGGCCUGCUGAACGGAUUACCGGGAUCUGGCUUCCGCAGUCUCACCUCUCGACAACCUCACAGCCGCUCCAAAGUGUUGCCCUAUUGUCGCACUGUGCGUGCGGCCGUUGUGGGGCCCACUCAAUGAGUUGGCGAGUCACCACCUGUCUUACACAAUUCCGAGACUGAUUGUCACGGCAGGUGUCCGCUAGUCUCCUCCCAUAGCCUAUUAUCCAGUCCAUCCAACUUUCAAAUCAAUAGCCUUAUGACCUUAGAUCCCAUCGCAGCACAAAAGUGCUGCACUGCAAUAGUCUUUGCACCUGGCGGGGACCAUCUCCGGAUGUAUCAUAUUGUGCGCUCGGAGAUGGUAUCCGCCACGUGUAUCCCUUGCUUGUAGAUUAAUUUGUCUUAAAGGGCCUCUGCGCUGUUGGCUUCGGCCCCACGCAUGCCUCCCAAAGGUCCGGGACCCCAUGGUCCCGAGAUAUGGUAAGACAGACAAAUAAUAAUAAUAAUAAUAAAUAACCAAGAGAAGAAGAGAAGAAGAGAAGAACCAAGAGAGAAGGGAAUACUUGUGACUUCUUUUUUAUAGUUUAGGGAAUAAAAAGAGACACCAUUAUAUUCAACGCAGUCGACACGCUGCGCGGUAUCAUCGCGCGCACAUACCGCUAAUGGAUUUUCACGCGCGAGACCUAAAUAACUACUUUUGUCCCUUUCACUGUUUAACGAACAGUUUUUCUCGUGUUAUCGUCUACGCGCUACGAGCGUAUCAAAUACUUAACACGGUUUUUCCCAUUUGUAUGUGUUAACAAAUCAGGAGAGCACAUGCAUGCUUCACUAUUAUACUUCUGUCUCCUACUGCAUACAAUAGAAAAAGACGCACAAAAAAGUUGGUCGCUAGGCAGGGUCUGCUAAUGAUACGUGGCUUCCUUUCUCUCCCAUUUCAAAAUCCACCCUGUGUUUUAUGGGUUUCCUUGUAUUUAUAUAUACCCCCGAUACCUAAUCGUAUCUGUAAAAAACAUCAUUAAAGUCCCAUUUGCACGGUUCAAGAGCUUGCAAGCGAUUUUUGUUACAUUGCGGUAUUUGGUCGAUGUAUUGAAUAUUACAUGCAAGUUUAUAAAACGUUAUGGGGCUUAAGAGGAAAGGGGACGGCCGCUUCUCCAUACAAAUGUAGUCCCCAUUUUCCUCUCUGGAUAUUGACAUUAUGCAAAAUAUUUUCACAUAAUUCAAUGUAUAUUAUAACCUCUACGUUUGACUUUUUUUCGAUUUUUUGAUUAUUGUAAAAAAUAGGAACAAGAAACCGAUUUCAUACUUUAAAAUGCUCCUAACUUUUAUAAUAAUAAAUAUUCUUAAAAAAUCAAACGUAGUAGCUGUGGUUGUAUAUAGGAGAAAUUGUGUUAAAAUAUUUUCAAUACUGUUAAUAUCCAGAGAGGAAAAUGAGGACUACAUUUGUAUGAAAAGGUGAUUUUGCGCGGGUCCUCCACUUUCGUCUUAAUGCUUUCGGUGCGCAGGGGUGCUACGAUGGCUACGAGUGCUACGCCGUAACCCGUAGCGUUGUGUUUCUCCUGCGUAGUUAGUCACAAAUAAAUGUUCUUUCAACACGGCAUAUGUGUUAUGCGACUUAUGCGCGGUGAAAGUUUUAAACUUUAUUGUACUCAUUAUUUGUAUAAUUAAUCUAUUGUUAAGUUUAGUCAAGUUUAGUAUAAGUGUCAGCUAUCAAUCAUGAUGAUGUCUGUGAUAUGAUUCAUAUGAUCAAAUAAAGUCUGUAUUGAAAUGUUUGAAAUUCGUAUUUUUAAAUGAAAUCAUAUAGAGUCGGACCACGCUAAGUUUUCAUGUCAAGUGUUACGACAAGUACGGAGCUUAUAGGGACAGUAUGCCUUCUUACUCCCAAGUGUGUGCAAAGUUAGCGCGGUCAGAGUCUAGAGUCCGUUUGGAGACGUCACCAUAAACGUCUUUGUACGUAAAUAAUAGUGCAUUAAUUCUGGAAAAAUAUGAGAUUUUUUAUUAAUUGGGA